CCUUCUCCCUCGAGCCCGUGCCCCGCGCGCCCCGCAGGCCGCUGCCCCUCCCGCCCCGCCCCGUCGCCGAGCGCGCUGCCAGGUUGCGCAAGGGGGUGGGGGGCGUUGGCCACCGUGUGUGUAGGAGCGGCCUGCGGCCCCAAUGAGGGGCUAGUGGUGCUGUGCUUGGCUCGAUUGCCCGGCCGUGCCCUUGAGCUGCAAUGGACUCGGCUCUGGAGGGUUCGGUGGCAGGUGUGACUGCGACGGUGGCCUUCGGCAGCACAGAGCCGGAAAUGCUCCAAGGACCAUCAGAAGAUGUAUUUCCAAAAAUGGAAAGUCCAGUUGAAGAGAUGGAUACCUCUGAUACCCAGUGGGGCUGGUUUUAUUUGGCUGAGUGUGGUAAAUGGCAUAUGUUUCAGACUGAUUCAAACAGUCAUUGCUCUAUUAGCAGUGAAGAUAUUGAAAGGAGUUUCCGAACAAACCCACAUGGUUCUCUGUCUUUUACGACUGCAAAGUUUAACUACAUGCUGGACUUUUCAGUGAUGAAACAAAUCAACCUGACUACCCUUAAGCAACGUCCAAUAAAGCGAGCUCCCUUUUCUAUCAAUUCAUUCAGUUUCAUCUGUGAAAAUGAGGCUAUCCCUAUGCCUUCGCACUGGGAGAAUGUAAAUACUGAGGAGCCAUACCAGCUUAUUCCAUUGCAAAAGAAAACAAAUGAAUAUAAUGAAGUUUCUAGUCUCUUUGGAAAAACAAUGGAUAGCCACCGAAUUAAAAGAAUUAAGAGAAUACAAAAUCUAGACUUGUGGGAGUUUUUUUGCAGGAAAAAAGCUCAGCUGAAGAAGAAAAGGGGUGUCCCAACGAUUAAUGAGCAGAUGCUAUUUCAUGGCACCAGUAAUGAAUUUGUUGAAGCAAUAUGUAUUCAUAACUUUGACUGGAGAAUAAAUGGGAUGCAUGCUGCUGUAUAUGGAAAAGGGACCUACUUCGCCAGAGAUGCAUCAUAUUCCAGCCAUUUCUGCAAAGAGACCAUGAAGCAUGGAGAUACUUUCCAGAUUCAUGGCGUCAAUCUGCAGCCUCAUCUGCAUAGACCAGAUAAAGUCAUGUUUCUUGCUCGUGUAUUAACUGGUGACUAUAUCGGUGGGGAUUCAAAAUACAUAAGACCUCCUUCAAAAGAUGGAAGUUUUGUGAACUUGUAUGACAGCUGUGUGGAUAAUACCUGGAACCCAAAGAUCUUUGUCAUCUUCGAUGCCAACCAAAUCUACCCUGAGUACUUAAUAGAAUUUUGUUAAGUUUGAACUGAGUAUUGUUUGUGUCUUUUUGAUACUUUUGUUUCUUUCAUAAAGACAACAACAUGAAAACAUGAAGCAUUAAAGGAGAGAGGUGAAAGAAAAGGUGUCAUACAUUUAUGGAGGAGGCAAGCUAUUAAGUACAUAAGAGAGAUUGGUGAACUUUUUUUAAAAAUAUGUAAACUUUAUUCAUGCAUUUUUCAAAUGUAGAGACUGUUAGAAAUUUGAGAUUGCUUAGUGAUCCUUAAAUACAUUGGUUGUUGGGAAGUUUUCAAAGGCAAGAUUUUACAUUCUGAUUUUUUAAAAAUAUGUUAAAAUUAUUAAUGUGGUAGAAAUAUGCCUCUAAUAUAGUAUGCAUAUGAUGAAACUAAUCUUUUAUAAAGAUUGUCUAUAAAACAUAAAGUAACAACAACAGCAAAACCCCAGGGAACUUGGCUAAUUAUGUGUGUUUGUCUGUGUUCUGUAUACACGUUGCUUUGUGUUUGGAGGUCUCUUAGUUUGUAUUCUAAAUGUAUU